UUCCCCAAGAGUUCAUGAGACGUGUAACGUGUUGCUACUUGCAAUGCGACCUCUGGGAAACAUCCAUGUUGGAAUCGAGCGGAGAGGAGAGGGAGAAAGGGACGGCCUCUGAGUCUCUGACCGGCUGACGGGCUCUGGGCGAGUGUGAUCGAUCCAGCAUACUCCUUACAAAGCACCAUAAAUGCCCCAUUAAUACCAGAAGGUGUCUGUGCCCAUCUCCCUCCACCCACCUCUUCUCUCAAGCAGCGAGCGUACUCAUCAGUCCAAUACAAAUAGAGAGAGAAACGCUCAACAUGAUAGAGAGAGAAAGGGGAGGGAGGGGCAGAUAAAGAACACUGCACCAUUUGAUUUGUGUGCUCCUGCAGUCUACACCCUCACUUGCUUUCAAACGUGCACCUCCCCUCUUCUUCUUCUUCCUCCUCCCCUCAUCUCCUUCCAACAACGCCAUAACCACAGCUUCCCUCUCCUCCUCUCUCUUGUUGCACGAAUAUGACGCCAUAACCACAGCUUCCCCGUGAACGACAAGGAGAAGCAGAGAGUGCUACAUAGGUACAUGUAGGGUACUAUAGGAUAAGAACUAUACAGCUAGGAGGUAGCGGAGGGAGGAGCACGCCGCCAGCAGUAGGGAUGUACAAGAACCAGCUCCAAGAACUGGCGCAGAGGAGCUGCUUCAGCCUGCCGUCGUACGUGUGCACGCGCGAGGGCCCUGACCACGCGCCACGCUUCCGGGCGGCCGUCACCUUCAACGGCGAGACCUUCGAGGGCCCCAGCGGCUGCACCACGCUCCGCCAGGCCGAGCACGCCGCUGCCGAAGUCGCCCUCGCCCGCCUCUCCCUCCGCGGCCCGUCCACUACCCUCGCCGCCCGGGUCCUCGUAAGUCACCGCCCAUCAUCUUCACGUGCUCUGCUUCUUGCUGGCGCCGAGCUUGAUGUGGAAGUGAAACCGUGCCCGUUAUGUCAGGAUGAGACGGGGGUGUACAAGAACCUGCUGCAGGAGACGGCCCACCGGGCGGGGCUGAAGCUGCCGGCGUACACCACGGUGCGAUCGGGCCCGGGCCACUCGCCGGUGUUCUCCUCCACCGUCGAGCUCGCCGGCUUGAGCUUCGCGGGCGACCCCGCCAGGACCAAGAAGCAGGCGGAGAAGAACGCCGCCAUGGCCGCCUGGUCCUCGCUCAAACAGAUGCCGGAGGCUCGCAAGGAGCCCGGCGCCGGCGACGAGCAGGAGCACGUGGCUGUCGCCAGAGCUCUCGCGGCGCUGAAGCCGCGAGACGGCGGCGACGGAAAGGCGGCGCCGCCUCUGCAGAAGCACAGCAGCAACGGCUCUUCUUCCUCCGCUCUUCCGAACCCGUCGCUGUACAGACACCAAUGGCGGCCUCGGACCAGUACCCCUGCCCAAGCCCAACCCCUGCCGCCGAGGACGGGGGCCCUGCCCCUGCAGCCGCCGGCCGGCCCAAGGAUCCUGCCCCCACUGCAUCUGCUACAACGGCCGGCGUGCGGCUCCAGGGACGCCGCGGCGGCAGAGCUGGUGCGGAUGCUGGAGCGCGCCAUGGUGCGCGACCGGGAGGCAACGCCGCCUUCGCCGUGCUACUACGCGGCGCCUGCCGCCUCGGCGUACCGCCACGGCAGCGCGCCGAGGACCUUCGCCGCGGGCGGGUUCCACGCCCCGGCUGUGAGCGUGCGGUCGGUGAUCCCGGUGUGCGCCGCCCCGCCGCCGCAGACCCCGGUCAAGGAGGAAAGGAAUGGCCCGGCGACACCCUCAGGCGCAUGCAAGAGGGCGUGAGCGACGUGGUCAGCUUGUGAAGCGCAGCAAGAGAAGAAGAAAGAAAGAGCCUGGCUCUGUUGUUGCAGGGGAGUUUUGGAUCACAACUUUCUCUGUAGUCUGUACAGAAGUUGUGUACGAGGUCAACUACUACGCAUCUCCCUCGCUCUCUGUGUGUGUUUGACCAGGAUCUAGAUGGUGAGAUCUUCGUCAGAAAGGCAGCCAUGGCCAUGAUGAGGCUGUGAAGGGUUUUAGGUGGACGAUGAACAUAUAUGAAUAUAUAGUUGUACUGUUCUAGGGCUUCAGUAGAAGCCAUGCUACCGUGUUAACAAGCGCAUCGUAUCAUCCCUUCGGCUCGGCAAUCUGCCUGCCUGCACACAGAUCUUGAACUCUUUCUUGGCUUGUACAAAAAAAAAAGAACACCUCAUAUACAUAAAUAAAUCUUUCCUGAA